UUUGAUAAAAUUGUCGUCAUCGUCGUCCGUCGGCCGAAACCGAACAUUCAUUUACUGGUUGUUGGUUCAUGGCGAUUAGCUUUGUUCCUACGAACACGGUUUAGAAAGAGGUCGUAUCUACAUCGUGUUUUGUUAAAAACUGUGAUAUUUGGUUUGCAUAAUCGAGCUUAAAUUAUUUAAGGUACAACUGUGAUUACAAAAUGGUUAAAGAAACAACAUUUUAUGACGUGCUAGGUGUAAAACCCAACUGUUCAACAGAUGAGUUAAAGAAAGCAUACAGAAAGUUAGCUUUAAAGUACCAUCCGGACAAAAAUCCCAAUGAAGGAGAGAAGUUCAAACAAAUCUCACAAGCUUACGAGGUGCUGAGCAACCCCGAGAAAAGAGCCAUCUACGAUAAGGGUGGCGAACAAGCUCUGAAGGAGGGUGGAGGUGGACCAGGGUUCGGCUCAAACCCAAUGGACAUCUUUGAAAUGUUUUUCCGAGGAGGGUUCGGUGGUAGAAGAGGAGAGCCCAGAGAGCGCAGGAGCAAGGAUGUGGUUCAUCAGCUAUCAGUCUCCCUAGAAGAUCUAUACAAAGGCGCGGUUCGCAAACUCGCUCUAGAGAAGAAUGUUAUCUGUGAGAAGUGUGAAGGACGAGGAGGAAAAAAAGGAUCUGUAGAAAAGUGUGGAACAUGCGGAGGUUCAGGGAUUCAAAUUCAGAUUCAACAGUUAGGGCCAGCUAUGAUACAACAGAUCCAGAGCGUGUGCAGUGACUGUCACGGCCAGGGAGAGAAGAUCCCAGCAAAGGACAGAUGCAAGACCUGCCAGGGAAAGAAGACUGUCAGAGAUCGCAAGAUCCUAGAAGUGCAUGUGGACCCAGGAAUGUCAGAUGGGCAGAAAAUUACAUUCUCAGGAGAAGGGGACCAAGAACCAGGCUACAAACCUGGUGACAUCAUCAUUGUACUAGAUGAAAAAGACCACCCUAGGUUCAAGCGAUCUGGGAAUGAUCUAAUCCUAAGAAUGCAGAUUGAACUGGUGGAAGCGCUAUGUGGUUUCCAAAAAGUAGUCCACACCCUUGAUGAUAGAGAUCUCCUUAUUACAGCCAUACCAGGUGAAAUCACAAAACAUGGAGAUGUGAAGUAUGUUCUUGGAGAGGGUAUGCCUCAGUACAAGAACCCGUUUGAAAAGGGUCGUCUCAUCAUUCAGUUCCUGGUCAACUUCCCAACUAGCCUACAACCUGACGCCAUUCCUAGACUAGAAACUUGCCUGCCUCCUAGACCAGAACAGAUGAUCCCGGACAACGCAGAGGAGUGUAUGUUGGUAGAGAUGGAUCCUGACUCGGAGAACAGACGUCGGGAUUACCGCAACGCUUGUGACGAAGACGAAGGUGGUCACGGACCUUCAAGAGUCCAGUGCGCAACUCACUAAACAUUGACCACAGACCAUUCCCAACACACAGUCCAAGUCUCAGUUGCAACAUUCAUGACUUUGGGACUAUUUAAUCCAUGGUUAUAAGUACACCACUUAUUUUGCUAUCUGUACUUGUAGUUCAAAAUUGUUUUUUAUAAUAAGGUUUUAAUAUGUUUUCAUAAUAUAUUUAGUGGUAGUUUGUUCUCAAAGAAUGUUCUCGUUUGUGUGAUUACAAACAUCUCACAACACUGGUAAAAUAAUGUUUCAUUCCACAUUAUUGUUAUUGUUUUUUUACUUUGGAAAUUAUUGUUUAAACUAUCUUGAAAGCCAGAAACUGUCUGGAAGCCAGAAUUAAUUUCAAGGUGACCAUGCGACCUGGAAAGCGGGAAAACCAGGAAUCUGCUUCCAAAAAUGUGGAAAAUGCUAAUGGGUUAAUUCAAUUAAUUUAGCACCUUUGAGCCAUUUUUAAUUUACUAGUUAGUAAAAAUAAGCAAGAAUCAUUUUUUAUAAAGAGUUUUUAUCAUGUUAGUAUCAUGUUUUAUAAAUCAUUUUUUAAUCUAUAUCUUUAAUUUUAAUCUCAAAAACCUGGGAUUGGCCUUAAAUUGUAUUUUAUUGGGUGCUGGACACCCUGUAAAUGAAGUUUAUAUGCACAUUAUUAGGGUAUUUCACAUUUUAGUUAAGCAGUAUUUGCGUAUAAAAUAAUGUCAUUAAAUGAAUUUUUAUCUGUUUUAUUUUUAGUUGUUUUAACCAUAGAUUGGAUUUAUAAUUCCAUUAUUAGGGUAUUUUAAAAGCAGUAUUUUUUAUCAAAAUUUCAUUUAAUGAAUUUUAACUGGUUUUUUAGUUGUUUUAACCAUAUAUUAGAUUUAUAAGUUAUGAAAUAACUUGAUCUGUAUCGCCGUGGCUACUUAGAUAAAAUAUCUAUUUUAAGUUCCUUAAUUUGGUUUUUUGUUGUAAUGUUAUCUCUUGUGAAAAAUGUAAUAAAGUGAUGAUACAUA